UUUGAGGGACAAUAGGAUCGAGCUGGUUCGCGCUUCCUGGCAUGAACUGAGUAUCAGCGUCAGUGAUGUGUCUCUCUCGGAUGAAGGACAGUACACCUGUUCUUUAUUUACAAUGCCUGUCAAAACUUCCAAGGCCUAUCUCACUGUUCUGGGUGUUCCCGAGAAGCCUCAAAUUAGUGGAUUUUCAUCACCAGUUAUGGAAGGAGACUUGAUGCAGCUGACUUGUAAAACAUCUGGUAGUAAACCUGCAGCUGAUAUAAGAUGGUUCAAAAAUGACAAAGAGAUUAAAGAUGUAAAAUAUUUGAAAGAAGAAGACGCGAAUCGCAAAACAUUCACUGUCAGCAGCACACUGGAUUUCCGAGUGGACCGGAGUGACGAUGGAGUGGCAGUGAUCUGCAGAGUAGACCAUGAAUCCCUCAAUGCCACACCUCAGGUAGCCAUGCAGGUGCUAGAAAUACACUAUACACCAUCAGUUAAGAUUAUACCCUCCACUCCUUUUCCACAAGAAGGACAGCCUUUAAUUUUGACUUGUGAAUCCAAAGGAAAACCACUGCCAGAACCUGUUUUGUGGACAAAGGAUGGCGGAGAAUUACCAGAUCCUGACCGAAUGGUUGUGAGUGGUAGGGAGUUAAAUAUUCUUUUCCUGAACAAAACGGAUAAUGGUACAUAUCGAUGUGAAGCGACCAACACCAUCGGCCAAAGCAGCGCAGAGUAUGUUCUCAUUGUACAUGAUGUUCCCAACACUUUGCUUUCCACUACUAUCAUCCCCUCCCUUACCACUGCAACAGUCACAACCACUGUAGCCAUAACAACCAGCCCAACCACAUCUGCAACAACCAGCAGCAUAAGAGAUCCCAAUGCUCUGGCUGGCCAGACUGGCCCUGACCAUGCACUUAUAGGAGGAAUAGUGGCUGUAGUUGUGUUUGUCACACUGUGCUCUAUAUUUCUGCUUGGUCGAUAUCUGGCAAGACAUAAAGGAACAUAUUUAACAAAUGAAGCUAAAGGAGCGGAAGAUGCACCAGACGCUGACACAGCUAUUAUCAAUGCUGAAGGCAGCCAAGUCAAUGCUGAAGAGAAAAAAGAGUAUUUCAUUUAAAAUGCAGGCCAAGAUUCUGCGUUUUACUUACAAGGCUGGCUGCUGGAGAAAACUGGCUCUCAUCUUUCAGAAUUCAUUUCUACCAUCUUCUGCUACCUUUAUUAACUUCCAUACCGUACUGCUAUCAGUAGCCAGUGUGUACCAACAAUCAGCUGUCGAAAACAUCAUUCUUUAAUUACUGUACCAUCCAUAAUGCAGGACAUUUCUUACUGCCUAAAUUUCACACCAUUGCUCUUUUAACAUACAGUGCUUGAAUAUACAGCCUUAACAAUGUUAAUCAUCUCCUUGGAACAUGAUAUUGAGUUGUUUUUAUACAUUGAAAAAAGUGUAUGCAGAAUUCCGCCCCCACCACCACCACGACCCCAAUUUUUUUUUUUUCCCCGAAAUCAUAGAUCUUAUUGGUUGGCCAUUGGACAGAUUUCAUAAGUAACAGGAUUAGGUACAAACCUAAUGUGCUUAAGUUCAAUCGAAGAUUAGAGGUUUACAAAUAAUGUUUUCUACAUGUCUAUCUGGAAAGAACAUGUUUUGGAAACAUAUGCCCUGGAAAACAUAAACUGAAAACACUGUAGUGUAGUUUUUGGAAUGUUUGAGAUACUGGUAAAGCUGUAUCAAUUUGCUAUUUAAAAAUAUAGUAUUUGAUACAGGAGCCAUGUGUAUGGAUUGCAAUCAUGACAUGACAUCCUAUAUAAUUAUAUAUAGAUCCUACCAUUAGGAUAUUGUAGCUUCAUUUACCAAUAAAUUAUUCUAAAUAUUUUAUUGUUUUGGGAAUCACAAAGAUUUCAUUCAUUUCUCUAAUUUGAUUCUAUAAUUUAUUUGCUCCAUAAAGACUCACCUGCCUAAACAAAAUUGAAGUAUCCAUAGGGCACAAUUUUGAGACAUUUUAGUAUCUGUAUAUAGUGCAUAUAAUAAAUCCAAUUAAACAUUAUUUGAUACAUAUUUAACUUUUUGGCUGUAUGUAAUUCAGUCAUAAGUAAGCAUUUUCUAACGUCCAUUAUAUCCCUUUAGAUAUUACUUAAACCAAUAUUAUAAGUAGAUAACAUGUAUUAGUAUUUUUGUCUGUAUGUCCUAGCACUGUUCAACAACAAAUUUUUCUAGUUCUUGUUAAUUUUUAUUUGUUAUACAAUGGAAGCACAAUGUUAUAAGGAAAGGUAAUUUUAAGCUAACAACCAGUGCACAGCCUCAGGUUUUAAAUCACAUCCACAGUUGAAUAAUAACCUAAAAAUAAACUCUUAGUUUGCUAAAACUUUACACAUUUUAAUUUGGCAGUUCCAGAGCUGCUUACCUAUGUUGGUUUGCCAAAAAGGAGUGUUUAAGAUAUGUUUUCUGUAUAAAUGAACUAAUUCUUUAUAUUAAAUUCCUGUCUAUGCAUUUUGUGAGGUACAAACUUAUGAAACAGUGAGUGAUAGAAAAUUUCUGCCAUGUUUUCAACUCCAAGGUGAAAGUUUCCUUCUCUGGAUUAGUUUGAAAUUUUGGUGUAUUCAACCAUUAAGAAAUGCUGUAUUCUUAAAUAUGACACAGAGUCAAUCUAAAGUCUCAUUAUUUCUUCUAGUAAAAUAUAAUAUUGCUAGAUUAGUUCUCAUGAAAUUUAUUAUGUGCUAAAGAAUAUAAAUCCAGUUAGAUAAAAAAUUAUUUUCCCAUUUACAAGCAUUGCACCUUUAAGAAGAAAACAAAUAUGCUGAUAUGGUAGCUAUACUUGUGAUGUCUGACAGCACGAUGGCCUACGGUUUUAAAAAUAGUAUCUUGGAAUAAUUUGUUGUUGGGGAAUGUGAAUGGCUGAGUACAACAUCAUGUAUUAAUAUCAAAUGAAAGACAAGGGUGCUGUAUCUUAGAUUAUUUAUCAGAAAAAUACAAAUCUUUUGAGGACAAUGUUAGAACUUUUAAGUUUUUUUUUAUUGUUGAAGCAUUUAUCUUGUUGAUUUCUUACAAAAGAAAAGGACAAUGUCAGUCAAGCAGCACUUUUUCAGAAUAUACAGAACAUAAAUAAUAUGAUGUGGUUGAGUGUUAACAUAAUAAAUCAUAUACAGUAUGACAUUUUAAGGAAAUAAGUCUGCAUUGAUGUGAUUGCAUGCUUGUUUUUACAGUUCACUCCAUAACAUCUGUGGAAAAAUGCAAUAAUAUGUUAAAUAUAGUACGGUAGUUUGAGAGAAUCAGGUAGGUGCUACUAGACACAUUGAAACUAGAAUAGGUUUAUAAAUUGUUCAUAUCUUUCAAUGCAUAACUUUUAGAAAGACUCCACAAAGCAAAAUGCAUUCUGUUAGUACAAAGUAGAAAGGUUCUUAUUACAGAAGUAAGUUGUAUAAAUUGCAUCAUUAAUUACUAUUUAAAGCCUAAUUUCAGGAUGCACUUACAAAAUUGCUACUCUUCGUUGAUGCUAUAUUUACAUCCCUCUUCAUUUCAUCUAUAUUCUACUUAGUUCCAACUGCUAAAUUGUUACCUAAAUAACUCAAUCAUUAUUUAUAGCGCUUUAAAAUUAGAAAUCCAAAAUUGGUUGCAUUUCAAGAUUUUUGACACAUUUAACACUUCAGAGUAACAUAAAAUCUCAUUUGAACUCUUAAAAAUGCAGUUACAUAAAACAACCGGAUUAUUGUAACAGUUAUAAUAACUGGCAUAUUAUAAUUUGCGGUCUCAAAUGUUUGCCAGAAAAAUAGAGCGCAAUUUGAAUAAGAUGUUUUCUGUGACUAGGAAAAAAAAGCUUGCAAUGGAGUUAUAUUUUCUUAUCUUUAAAAAUUAUCUGAUUUUCACCAAACAAAAAAAUAAAUUAUAAAAAAUUCUACCAAUUUCUUUCCCAACAAAUCAGAAAAAAGAUGACACGAUAUUUCUAAAUGGGAACCAUGACAAUUGCAGUGUCUGAAAUGAGCACACGUGUAUGCACAUAGAGCCAAUUUCUUACUCUUCUAAGUGAGCACGGUAGAUACAGAACUCAAUGGAAAGAGUGUCUACACACACACACACACACACACACACACACACACACACAACCCUAGUAGAAUAUGGAGCAUUAUUCUUUACCAAAAAUAGCUAUUCUCUGCCAGUAUACUGUUUACGGUGUAAAUUGAUGUCCUCCAUCCAAAAAACGUCUAAACAGCAUUCUUCUUUUCCUUUUUUUUUUUUUCAUUUUUAGUGUCCUAGAUAGCAUGAUUGUCAAAAUUAGGAAGAAAAAGAAAAGUUUGUGAGUCCAAGAGCAAAGACACAGAACAUGAGCAGAGUAUUGAUGGUGUGUGUGUAUGUUUGUGUGUGUGAACAGGUGUGUGAAAAAGAGAGGAAGAGAGAUGGAAAAGAGAGAGAAAAAGAAAGAUUUCAACUUGUUUUCUUUUACCAGAGAAUCCAAGGAACAGUUUAAGGACCCUGAUAUUGGAGUUUAAUCUAGAAACUGGAUGAUCUCAUAUUGAUUCAAGAUGCUUAAUUUUUCAUUAAAAUCCCACAAUUACAGUGACAAAUAGAGAACAGAAACUAAUUUGCUUAAAUAUGGCAAAGAAGCUAACACCUCAUUUAUUUUUAUUUCUUUGUAAAAAUAUAAAUAUCUCAGUUAAAAUGACAGGCUUACUUGUAAUUAUGUACUCAUGAUUGUAACAGCAUUGAGAUUCCAUAUAGGCACAUGUACAGCAGCUGUUUGACAGUGAUGGCUCUUCCAUGUUACAUAACAGUUAUCGUGUAAUUUAGUGCCACUUAUUGCAAAGUGUUACACAAAGGAACACUUAAAAUGUUUUUCCUUUUUCUUUGGACAUAGGAUAAUUUAAUGGUAACAAAUAUAAAAUUUCACAUUU